AGCAGCUUAAAGCGGAGCUCCACCCAAAAGGGGAAGUUCCACUUUAAGCCUUUGUCCCCCGCUCCCUGUUAAGGAUUGGCACCUUUUGGGAGCAGAUACCCGAAUUUGAUAGGUACCCGCUCCCACUUCCGGUCCGAUCGCCUACAUGAUCGGUAGCGAAAAAGGUGUCCUCCCUCCCUGUAGUCUUUUGGGACACGUGACAGGUUCCAGAAGGCUACAGGGAUUAUUCAUGAAGCGCUACUCGCGCAUGCGCAGUGGGCACCCGGCUGUGAAGCUGCAAGCUAUCACAGCCGGGUGCCCACACUGAAGAUGCCGGCCUCCUGGAAUACAGGACGGCUGGUGAAACAGGCUUCGAGGGACACACCACAGGACCGAG